UGCGCCAGCUAGCUAGCUAGCGAGAUGGUGAGAUGAGAUCCCGGAUUGCCUCCAAUAUGUCUAAGAAUGACUGACAAUGCCUUUUUAUUCGAUAAAUUCUAAAGGAUUACAAUAUUUUUGCCAUCAUUUUCAACUAACGUUAGACUAGAGUCUGUAUCGAUCAUUAGCUUUCUGUUUAUUCCAAUUUGCAAAACGCAACUGCAACGGGAAAUUCACAGAUCUCGAAGUUAAUUCGAAGCCCGGAGUCGAAGUCGAAUUUCCGACGAGGUGCUGGGGAAAUCGCCACCGAGGCUUCUCCUGCAUUAAUUGGUCAUCGGAGCAGUGCUUGCUGCUGUGCCGAAUUUCAAACCCCUGCACUAUGAAUAUGCCCUUGCAUAGAUCAGCUGCUACUCUCUUCGUCGCUCGAGGUUUUUGAUUGCAUCAAUUCAUUCAGUCACUUCGCCGUGCUCGACAGGACAAUAUUUUGAAUCUGGUGACACAGUCUUCAUGGUCUUGCAAUAAUUACCUGUGUAUUCAAGUGAUGGUGUAACUGGAACUGAGCAUGGUGUGAUGUGUGAUCUCUUGCCCUAUUGAAGUGUCAAACACAUUAUUUCUUUGUGGACAAUCAUAGAACAUUCAUGAACAAUGGCUACUGCUUCAAAUCUUGUUUCAAGGGAAGAGGUUGAAAAAUAUCUGGAAGCUCAUCAUGAUAUUGCAACAGACAUUUUUGUAACGAAAGCUACCCCAGAUAUGGUAGACCAAUGGCUGUCCAAGCAUGCAAAUUCCCUUCAUAAGCAUGGGGAUACUAGUCCUCAGGACGUUGGUGCUUGGCCAGAUGUAUCAAUGAAAUUAACUGAGAAAGGAGUGUUCCAGUCGAUACGCAAGUCCUUCAACAUAUCUGGAACCAAGAGCCUGCGAAAUCUGCUCUCACCCCGCCGUAGGAAGUCAACUCUGAAAAGAAAUAAGUCUGCUUUGAGGCAACUGGAUGAAAAAGAACUCUUCAUGGAACUCAUCAGAGAUAUUGCCGAUGAACUGGAUCUGAAUACACUUUGCCACAAAAUUCUGAUGAAUGUCAGUAUUCUGACAAAUGGUGACAGAUGCAGCCUAUUUCUUGCCCGAGGCAACAAAGACCGACGCUUUCUUGUUUCCAAGCUCUUUGAUGUGAACGAGAACUCUACAGUUGAAGAUUCAUUGCACUCUGAAGAAGAGGAGAUCCACAUCCCAUUUGGCCAAGGUAUCGCAGGUCAUGUUGCUCAAACCAAGGAAACGGUCAACAUCAAGAAUGCUUAUGAGGACAAGCGUUUCAAUCCUGAGGUUGACAAGAUCACUGGCUACAAGACUCAUAGCAUCAUGUGUAUGCCGAUCUGUAAUCAUGAUGGUGAGGUGGUGGGCGUGGCUCAAGUCAUUAACAAGAUCACAGGUUCUCAUGAGUUUGCUACCAAGGAUGAAGAGGUACAGGACAGCACAGAAAUAUUAGGCUCCCAUGAAUUCACCAAAGCUGAUGAAGAGGUGUUUCGAAACUACUUGACCUUUUGUGGCAUUGGAAUAAUGAAUGCUCAGCUUUUUGAGAUGUCCGUCAAUGAAUACAAGAGGAAUCAGAUGCUACUUCAACUGGCUCGAGGUAUCUUUGAAGAGCAGACUUCCCUGGACAAUGUCGUUCACAAAAUAAUGAGACAAGCAGUCAGUUUGCUGAAGUGUCAGCGAUGCAUGGUUUUCAUCUUAGAGACAACUGAAGAAUCGUACUUGCCUGCUCAGCUGAGAAUGGCAGAAGGGAAGCGACAUUCAAUAGCUUACCAGUCCAGUUUUGAUGCUCCAUUGAAUGACGUCAAGUUGAGGAAAUUAACUCAUAGCUUGCAGGAACCAGUCAAGAACAUUAGUUUUCUUAGGGGUUUUGAACUGACAGAUGAAGAUACAGAGAAACUCAAGACAGUCCCACAUGAGAUGCUGAAAAACUCAAUCAAUGCUACUAUAGCUCGUCACGUUGCUGAAAAAGGAGAGACAAUCAAUAUUGGCGACUUUGCUGUUCAGAAACAAUUCAAGGAAAAGUGUAAUGUACAACCAGAUUUCAGGAUUCAAUCCGUCCUUUGCCAACCCAUCUAUAACAGUGAGCAGAAGAUUAUUGGUGUAGCUCAGAUGAUCAACAAGGCUGCCAAACAGGCUUUCACAGAACAGGAUGAACAUCUAUUUGAGGCUUUUGCAAUCUUCUGUGGACUGGGUAUCCACAACACUCAGAUGUAUGAAAAUGCUAUGAGGUUAAUGGCCAAGCAACAAGUUGCUCUGGAUGUGCUAUCUUACCAUGCCACAGCUCAACCAGAAGAGGUUGCAAAACUUAAGAAAAGUCGAGUGCCUUCAGCGCAGCAGUUAAAGCUUUAUGAUUUCAGCUUCAGUGACUUUGACCUGACAGAAGACGAGACACUUCAAGGAACACUUAGGAUGUUUAUUGAGUGUAACCUCAUUGAGAAAUACCACAUCCCAUAUGACGUACUAUGUAGAUGGACGUUGAGUGUACGCAAGAACUAUAGACCAGUAAUCUACCAUAAUUGGCGGCAUGCCUUCAACGUGGCCCAAACAAUGUUCUCCAUAGUAAUGACUGGAAAGCUUAGGAAGCUAUUAACAGAUCUGGAGAUUUUCUCCCUCAUUGUUGCCUGUCUCUGCCAUGACCUGGACCAUAGGGGGACGAACAAUACUUUCCAAGUCAAGACUUCUUCCCCACUGUCUUUGCUGUAUGGAACCUCUACCAUGGAACAUCAUCAUUUUGAUCACUGUAUUAUGAUCCUAAACAGUGAGGGAAACAACAUCUUUGAGUUCAUGAAUCCUGACGAUUAUCGGGAAGCUAUUAGGAUCUUGGAGAGUGCCAUUCUGUCAACGGAUUUGGCUAUCUACUUCAAGAAGAGGAAUGACUUCUUCAAGCUGGUUGAAAAAGGGGAGCACACGUGGGACAAUGAGGAAAAGAAAGGACUGCUCAGGGGUAUGCUGAUGACGGCAUGUGAUGUGUCUGCUAUAGCCAAGCCAUGGCGAGUCCAACAGAAAGUUGCUGAGUUGGUCUUCAGUGAAUUCUUUGAGCAAGGUGAUUUGGAGAGAGAGAAACUCAAAGAAGAACCAAUGGCGAUGAUGGAUCGGAAGAAGAAGGAUGAACUGCCUAAGAUGCAAGUGGGUUUCAUUGAUGGUAUCUGCAUGCCUGUCUACAAGAACUUUGCUGAAUUUGAGCCGGCCCUAAGGCCGCUGCAGGAUGGGGUUGAGCAGAAUCGCCAGGAAUGGAAGAACCUGGCGGACCGCUACGAGCAAGCUAAGUCCCAAGACCUGAGGGAUAAUAAAGACUGGGGACCUCGAUAUAACUCCCUCCAAACAAGCAAACAAUCAGAAAGCACAAUCCUCCAGAAUGACAACGCCCAACUGGACAACCUUGCUGAGAAGCCUUCAUUGGAAUCCAUGUCAAAACAGGAUGGAAGUAGGGGUUCUUGCACCAGUGAGCCGAAGAAACGGGGUUCACAAAUGAGCCAACAAUGUAAGGAAGCCUUGGCGGCGAAGAAAAAUAAGAGCUCCCUUUGUUCAGUAAUUUGAUCUCGGCUUUUAUACCAAUCAUCUGAAUCUCAAAAGUAUUAUCCAGAUUUCAUUAUGAAAUAUCAUAUUCAAUUUAUUCAGUUUUUUUUUUCAAAUUCGUGAAUGAUUAGCAUAAUUACAUUUAUGCUGUAUUAGUUAUUUUACAUCACUUCCAAAAGAUUAUAUUUGAUAUCUUAUUUCAUAUUUUUCAAGACUUUACAACAAUGCUGCCAAUAAAAGCAUAUUCAUAUGUGAUCAAAAUGUUAUGCAAUCUAUUGUUCACUCCUAAUGAUUUAUUUAAUUGGUGAAAAAUGUAUUUUGAUCAUCAUGGGUUUUAUUUUAAGAAUAGAAUAAUAGAAAUAUAAAUGAUUACUAUGUGAAAAUGUCACUUGAAUAAAUUAAUGAUAAUAAAUUGAUAUAUAGAUGAACCUUUAUAGCCAAAUUAGAUAGCAAUAUCAAACUUAUGUUAUUUCUAAAGAAAUAACUGAUUGGAGUUGAUUUUGUUGGUCUGACUCUAGCACUAGGUAAGGAUAAUAUUAAACAGCAUGUCCACUUCACUGUUAUUAGUUAUAAUAAUGAUAAUACUUUGUACUAUUUAUGUGGGUUGGAACACAACUCAGGCAAAUUUUGAAAAACAGUUCAACUCCAUGUGUUGCAUGCACAAAUUCAGAUCCAUUCUAUAUGGUAAUAUUCCAAUUGCAUUACACUCAGAUAUAAUGGAUUCGGCAUUCUGAAUAUGAGUAAGUUGAGUUGAUUUUUUUUAAAUGACCAACUCAGAUGUCUUGAACAGACAAUACACUGUAUAUAGCCCUGAAAGUCAAUCCGUGCCAUUUUUGCUUGUUUGAGGGGAGAUUAUUUCAAUAAUUUAGUCAGAAACCAAAGUGAUUGUAAUUUAUUUUUCGUGUAUAGAUGUGUUGACACAAACUCCAUAAUUUUUUUUCUUAUCUCUAGAACAAUGAAUAAUUUUGUUGAUGUAUCCCAUGUGUAUGUUAUGAAGCAGUAGUGUGUGACACAUGUGUACAAAACAAUAUCUAGUUACUUAAUACUAGAUAUAUGUCUUUAGAAAUCACCUCAACUCUCUAGUGUGCUCCAUGUUUUAUCUAUUGAUAUUUUGACCAUGUCUUGCCAAAAAGAACUUGCCACUGGGCAUGAUUCUAUAUCUCACAGUGUGCACUGCAUGAAUAGUACUUUCUCUGCCCAUAACAGUAAAUCAAUGUGUAAGAACAUCUCACUCUAACAUCAUAACACAGACAAUUUUCUAAUGUUUCAUAGAGGUGAACUAAGUUUUCAAAUAACUUAUAAACAUGAGGGUUUUUUUCAAUAUCAAGAUAAAUUUGAAAUUUUGUACAGUUUAGAAGAUUUUUCUUUUCAUAGAGCCAAAGACAACAAAUGUCUUAGUACUGUACUAGUAUUUUACCUUGACCUUUUGUGUGUAUAAUGUAUUAUCAGUAUUUUUGUGUGAUAAUCAAAUUUUAGAUUUGGAAAAUUUUACCACUGUUAAUAUUUAGAUAUGUAGAUUAUAGAUACAAUCUAAUUUUUAUUCAAACUUUCAUAAAACAUCUUACAAAGAGAUAGAAAUCAUAUACUGUGAUUCAACCAGAGAAUAUGUGAUAUAAUAUGAAGAAUCAAUUCAAAUUAAUGGAGAAAUACUUGUAAAGUGAGGUUUUAUUUUUGCUUUUGAUUUGAUAUCUCAUUCCAGUUUUUAAAAGCCAUCACUGGUUAAUUUGCCAUCAAUAUCAAAUUCUAUGACAAUAUUAUCCCAACAGCAAAUUAUAUCAAUGUUUCCAGGAGAUGCUUUCAGGCCCUCUUGAUAUCCAAAGUUACUGUAAGUUUACAGAUGUUAUUCAGACCUCAUACAUGUAGUAUAUGUACCUGCUUAUUAUUUUCUGCAUUCCUACUCACCCAAAACCAGACCCUUUCAGGGUAAGUUCUCAAAGUCAUAAGCAUGCACAGUAUCGUGUGCUUUGCAGAUGAGGUGCAUGCUUUGAAAAUUGCUAGUGCUCUUAGCAAGCGACUCAGGUGCCAUACUCAUUUGGAAAGGAUAGCAGUUCUUGCAAUGUGCUUUCACACUGCAAAAAUACCCACGAUAUUGGAAAGUUAUCUACAAUAGUUUUCACUAUCUUAAAGAGUAGCUACUAAUUAGCGGGUGUU